AAAGACAAAAUCCAUUCGUCUUCUCCAAUUUUCUCGCGAAGAAAACUUUCCAACCAAUCUAAACGAGUCAAAAUGCUUCUCAAGACUGUCUCUUCAUCUUCUUCUUCAGCUCUCUCGCUGGUGAAUUUUCACGGCGUGAAGAAGGAUGUGUCUCCUUUGUUAUCUUCCAUUUCGUGGAAUCUUCGAGUUUCUUCUGGAAAAUCUGGAAACUUAUCUUUCUCUGUUCGCGCAUCUAAGAGCUCAACCACCGACGCGCUAAGCGGCGUCGUCUUUGAGCCGUUUAAGGAAGUGAAAAAGGAGCUCGAUCUCGUCCCAACCAGCUCUCAUCUCUCACUCGCUCGACAAAAGUACUCAGACGAGUGCGAAGCCGCCAUUAACGAGCAGAUCAAUGUGGAAUACAAUGUUUCGUAUGUGUAUCACGCUAUGUAUGCGUACUUCGAUCGGGAUAACGUUGCGCUUAAAGGUCUUGCCAAGUUCUUUAAGGAAUCAAGCGUGGAAGAAAGAGAGCACGCUGAGAAGUUAAUGGAGUAUCAGAAUAAACGUGGUGGGAGAGUUAGGUUACAGUCCAUUGUAAUGCCUCUUUCAGAGUUUGAACAUGUUGACAAAGGAGAUGCUCUAUAUGGCAUGGAGCUGGCUCUGUCAUUGGAGAAACUAGUUAAUGAGAAGCUCUUAAACCUUCACAGUGUUGCUUCGAAGAACAAUGAUGUCCACUUGGCAGACUUUAUUGAGAGCGAGUUUCUGAACGAGCAGGUGGAAGCAAUCAAGAUGAUCUCAGAAUAUGUGGCUCAGCUGCGACGAGUUGGCAAAGGACACGGAACAUGGCAUUUCAAUCAGAUGCUUCUGGAAGGGUAAGCAGCUACGAGGGACUCUUGUGUCAAGUGUGUUUCUAUAUGAAGCUCUCUUAGUGUGAUAUGUUUGGAGCUAGUUUAUGACUAUGUUUAAGUUCUUCAGCUUUUACGAUUUUGUGAGGUAGACUUCUUUUUUUUUUUUUUUGUAAGAGACGAAGACAUGACUUUAAAUUCUGGUCUAAGGUUCAUCAACCCACCUGGUGAUCGAUUCUAUAGUUACAGUCAGGUUCAAUCUGA